AUGUCCCCAAACACUGAAAUUAAACAUUAUAACUCUGACUGUCUGUUUUGUAAAAUUAUCAGUGGUGAAAUCCCAUCGUACAGACUAAUCGAAACACAAUAUUCUUUUUCAUUCCUAGAUACGCAACCCACCAGUCAUGGUCACAUUUUAAUAGUGCCCAAAUAUCACUCUCCAAGAUUACAUAAUGUACCAGAUCAAUAUCUGACAGAUUUGCUUCCUGUCGCCAAGAGAUUUGCUAAAGCUCUCAAAUUGGACGAAAAAGAUACAGGUUACAACAUCCUUCAAAACAACACACAGAUUGCAUCACAAUCUGUAGACCACGUCCACGUGCACUUCAUUCCAAAGCAUGAUGUCAAGACAGGUCUCAUCAUCACUUGGCCCUCUAAGGAUGCUGAGCGCAACGACUUGAUGGAGUUAAGGGACCAAAUCAUGCAUAACUUGCAGAGUCCAUAG